GACAACAGGCUAUUAAGAAACAGCCAACGUUGAACUUUUCCCAGGAAGCUGCCUCGGGACAAGGGGAGGAACAACGCAGAGAGGGCUGAACGAAGGACGCCCAAGAAGAGCUGGGAACGAAGGUCAGGUGAACAGAAACGUUGGCCGGAUUCCUGGACAUGGCUCUACUGGUGGUCAUGGGAGUGAGCGGCUCGGGAAAAUCCACUGUGGGCUCACUUCUGGCCAGUAAGUUGGGAUGGAAAUUCUAUGAUGGGGAUGACUAUCAUCCAGAAGAAAAUAAAAAGAAAAUGGCACAAGGAAUCCCUCUGAAUGAUCAGGACAGGAUUCCAUGGCUGUGUCACUUACAUGAUAUGUUAAUGAGGGAGCACGCCUCUGGGCAAAACACAAUUUUAGCCUGUUCAGCUCUGAAAAAAAUGUACAGGUGCCUUUUAGAAUAUGGAGAGGCAGGGAUCAAUUGUGAGAAUUCAAGUAGCCAGCUGGAAGAACAAAAGGAGCCUGCGUCCCGAAAAAUCCUUUUUAUCCACUUAGAUGCACCUAUGGACCUCAUUGCUCAGCGCUUGGCAAAAAGGAGGGGCCACUUUAUGCCACCUGAGCUACUACAAUCUCAGUUUGAUGCUCUUGAAGCUCCGUCAGCACCAGAAAAUUUUAUCACUGUCAGUGUGGAAAAGCCUGUUUCAGAAACAGUAUCUGUAAUUGAAGAAUAUGUUAGAAACAGGUAUGGAUAGUUUGCGUCAGAUUGGUUCCUGGUUUACAGGACAAGCUCAAACAAUGUUGUCCUUCAGAGUUGCUUUCUUAUCACUGAACAGUACAUAUUAACUUUAUUGUGCUUAUGAAAUGACAAGAAUGCUGCUUAGUUGCAACAUAUUUUUCACUUUUUGCUUUUAUGUAAACUGGAUUUAGGUGAGAGUUCUUACAGCGUUAUUAUUGCCCUAAUAUUCCAGUGGAUUAUGUUAGAAAAUGCCAUUGAAAAAUCUGGAAAACACAAUUAAAGAUGGAACCAUA